UAUUUAUGGGGUGCAGAAUUUAAUGUAUUGGAAGAUUGUGAGGUAGUAAAUAUUGAUAUUGGGAUAGAUGGGUUAAAGUUAUUUAAGAGUAGUAAUAGGUGUCUUUGGCCGAUUUUAGGAUAUGUCGUAGGUUCUAAGUUAGGCCCAUUUACGAUAGCGUGUUUUUCAGGGAUGAGUAAGCCAGGUAGCGUUAACGAUUUUUUGAGGGACUUUUGUGAGGAAGUAAGUUUUUUGAGGAAGAACGGGGUUAAGGUAGGUAGCAAUCUAGUAUGUAAGCCGUUUAAUAUAAGACUAUUUAGUUGUGACGCCCCCGCUCGUGCAUUUGUUACAGGAGUUAAGUCGCAUACGGCAAAGAACUCCUGUUCCAAAUGCACGAUCGAGGGCGUCUAUACACAAAGAAGGGUAAGCUUCCCGAAGCAAGUUGGAAAUUUAAGAACAAAUAGUACAUUUAAAAAUAGAAUAGAUUUAAGUUAUCAUAGUUUAGAAUUUAAGCAAGCAGAAAGUUUGCUAGAAUCUUUUAACUUUGGCAUGGUUUCACAAUUUCCUCUUGAACCCAUGCAUUUAGUAGAUUUGGGUGUAACAAAAAAAUUGCUCCAGUUACUUGUCAAGAAAGGUAACGUUACGAAAAUGAAUGAGAAGCUUUUGCUUCUUAACAGGUUCGUACCGUCUGAGUUUAGCCGGCUUAGCCGAGACCUUGACCAGAUAAGUAAUUGGAAGUCAACUGAAUUCCGGCAGUUUUUAUUAUAUACCGGGAUAUUUGUUUUGAAAGACUGCAUUAAUGAAGAUUUAUAUUAUCAUUUUCUUUUACUACACGCCGGAAUUCGAUUUCUCUCUUGUGAGAAAUCUUUUAACGUAGAAUCGAAUGUCGCCAAUGAAUUGUUAAAGGAAUUUGUUGAUUUGUUCGGAAAUAUUUAUGGCGACCAUCUAAUAAGUUAUAACGUUCACGGGUUGUUACACCUUUCGGAUUGUGUUAGAGAAUUUGGUCCUUUAGACAAUUUUUCCGCGUACAAAUUUGAGAACUAUAUGCAGCAUUUAAAAAAAAUAAUUAAUAAACCUAAUAAAAUUUUGCAGCAAAUGUUUUUCAGAAUAUCGGAAAGAUUAAAAAUUUCAGAUUCUAGCAAACUUUCUAAAAACGACCUUUUUAUAAUAGAUUUUAAUAAAGAUAAAGAUAGUUAUUUUCAAUGUAAUAAGGGGCCCAUUAAAAUUGUUGGAUUAGAUAAAGAAACCAACAGUUUUAAAGCACUCCUUAUUUCUAAUUUAGAAAAUUAUUUUAUCGAGCCAGUAGAAUCUAUGUCAGGGCUAGGUAUUUGUAUAGGUGAAGUAUUAAGUAAUGAAAUCCUAAUUAGUCGUAGUGAUAUAAGUUAUAAAUAUUUUUGUAUAAACGAUAGAAAUAAGCUUAUUCUUGUCCCCAUUCUACAUAAUUUAUUUCGUUCUUUUUUUUAAGUAAUACAAUGGAGGACAUUUUUUUUCCGGAAACCGAAAUGAUUUCUCCACCACGCUCGGGCCCCCCUACUUUUACAGGGUCUGCCGUGCAGCGUAAGCGGUUUGCUGUAUCGCAGCCCUACGAAAGGCGUACAGCGAUCCCAGAUUCCCCCAGCGCAACGGUAUCCAACCAUGCUACUGCGGUUGCAA